ACAUCCGGGUUCCCCAGUGUCACAUGACCAGCGCUCUGCUGUCACUUAUGCUGUUCGGAACCAGCUAGAAAAGCACACAGACCAACAUCAGCUUUUCAGGUUUCCUGUUCUUAGUCAGACGAUGGCAACAUUGGUGGCAAACAGGCAGAUGGACAUCAACGGCAUGGCAGCAGCUGCGAGGACACACACCCAGGCUGUGACCAGAAACUACAUCUCUCAACCGAGGCUGACCUACUCUACUGUGUCGGGUGUAAAUGGGCCCCUGGUGAUCCUGGAUAAUGUGAAGUUCCCCAGAUACGCUGAGAUUGUUCACCUGACCCUGCCGGAUGGCACCAAGAGGAGUGGGCAAGUCCUGGAGGUGAUUGGAAGCAAGGCAGUUGUCCAGGUGUUUGAGGGAACAUCCGGCAUCGAUGCCAAGAAGACGGCGUGCGAGUUCACUGGUGAUAUUCUUCGUACCCCAGUGUCAGAGGACAUGCUUGGGCGGGUGUUCAAUGGCUCAGGCAAACCCAUCGACCGUGGGCCCAAUGUUCUGGCUGAGGACUACCUGGACAUCAUGGGUCAGCCCAUCAAUCCUCAGUGUCGUAUCUACCCCGAGGAGAUGAUCCAGACUGGCAUCUCAGCCAUCGAUGGCAUGAACAGCAUUGCCAGAGGACAGAAGAUCCCAAUUUUUUCUGCUGCUGGGCUGCCCCACAACGAGAUUGCUGCCCAGAUCUGUCGCCAGGCCGGCCUGGUGCAGAAGUCCAAGGAUGUGAUGGACUACAGUGAUGAUAACUUUGCCAUUGUCUUUGCAGCCAUGGGGGUCAACAUGGAAACUGCCCGCUUCUUCAAGUCUGAUUUCGAGGAGAAUGGCUCCAUGGAUAACGUCUGCCUUUUCCUCAACCUGGCCAAUGACCCCACCAUCGAGCGUAUCAUCACCCCCCGCCUGGCGCUGACGUCAGCAGAGUACCUGGCCUAUCAGUGUGAGAAGCACGUCCUGGUCAUCCUGACUGACAUGAGCUCCUACGCUGAGGCUCUGAGAGAGGUCUCUGCUGCCCGAGAGGAAGUGCCCGGACGUAGAGGCUUCCCUGGCUACAUGUACACCGAUCUGGCUACCAUCUACGAACGUGCUGGCCGGGUUGAGGGCAGAAAUGGCUCCAUCACCCAGAUCCCUAUUCUCACCAUGCCCAAUGAUGACAUCACCCAUCCAAUUCCUGAUCUGACUGGAUACAUCACAGAGGGUCAGGUCUACGUUGAAAGACAGCUGCACAACAGACAGAUCUACCCACCAAUCAAUGUGUUGCCCUCACUGUCCCGUCUGAUGAAGUCAGCCAUCGGUGAGGGGAUGACCAGGAAGGACCAUGCUGACGUUUCAAACCAGCUGUAUGCCUGCUAUGCCAUUGGUAAGGACGUCCAGGCUAUGAAGGCUGUGGUGGGAGAAGAGGCCCUCACCUCUGACGAUCUGCUCUACCUUGAGUUCCUACAGAAGUUUGAGAAGAAUUUCAUUGCUCAGGGCCCGUACGACAACAGGACGGUGUAUGAAACCCUGGACAUCGGCUGGCAGCUGCUGCGAAUCUUCCCCAAGGAGAUGCUGAAGAGGAUUCCUCAGAGCACCCUGGCUGAAUUUUACCCCAGGGAGUCUGCCGCUCGUCACUGAGGCACACAAAGGGAUGCCCUGAUUCUCGUCCCAUUCACCCUUUCACCCACCAUCCUCUUCUCCCUUUAUUCCUUUCUUUCAUCCCUCUCUACGGCCCUGCAGAACGGGGGGCUCAGAGAUGAGAUGUUGUCGAGCCUUCAGCCAUCCCAAACAUUUGCUACCUUCUUCUCCACUGUUCUUAUUACCCCACUUCCCUUCCCUGACUGAGAACAGGCUAUCUCCCCCUGCUGUAGAUGUACUGUAGUGUUGAUUUGUCCAGAAGUGUACGGUAAGUGUUUGUGGUUGUAAUGUGAACCCCCCUUGUUAGCAUAAAAAAUGAACAUAUCCUAAAAAGUAUAGAUGAGUCUUUAUUUAUUGGGGUGAGUUACUCCUGGAACCCCCCCCUUCUUUUUUCUUUUUUUCUUUAUUAAUAAAAACUAUGUAAUAUCCAUCUCCCGCUAAAAACAAGAGGUUUCCAACUGAAGAAAGAUGUGUGUCUAUAAGAGGGUCAGAUACAGCUCGGGCUCAAUCAGGUGAAGCUCAUAAAGUUUGGUUUCUUUUCAGACUGUCCGAGAUGCUGAUUCAACUUGUCAUUCUCUAAACUAAAAGGCCCAACAUAUGCUGAAAAACACAAGUUUACAGCUUCCCAAACUGAACCCCAUGAACAUCACUGUAUUGAUAUCAACCCGAUGGUAAUUUUUAUAGUCUAGUACUUCUCUGAUUUUGUCUACGCUCUUUGUAAUGUUGCUUCAAGUUGGCUAUUGCUCCAGUACUCUCAUGUCUCCGUUCUCAGUAGGCUGAGAAAGCAUCUUUAGUGACCAGACACAGCUCCCAGUACUUUGACUCUUUCUUCCCUCUCGCUUUGUCUCCCUACUCUGGAAAGAACACUGAGGAUGUUUACAUUAUUUCUGUUGUGUUGUUUUCAUUUGUGUUUUGCAAAAAGACGAGUAUAUAAGAUUAUAUCAAACAUUCCCAUCUGUCUGCAGAAACUAAUUUUUUGUCGUGCAACAAUAAUGGUUUUGUGAGGUUAUGUGACCAUGAAUAAAUUAAAUUAUACAAGUAUGCUGUCACAUGUCUAUCC